AUGGAAAUCAAUCGCUUUUCUCUCAGAAACCCUUUGAACAAUCUGUGGCUCUUCAACUUUACUCAAAUAUUAACGUUGACGGCUUCGACAUCUGUCCACGACAUACUGGCCUUUGUCAUCCCUACUCUCUUGACCUUCGUUCAGAUGAAAUACCCUAAUGAAAAUCUUUUUAAGACUCGCCCUGUGGCCAUGAACAUCGUCCUCUACACCUUGCUUGCUUAUAGCUUCGCCUUUGGAGUUAGGCACCGAUUUCUUAACCCGGAUAGUCCUUAUCCCUGGUUUCACAUGGCCAUGCUCCUGUUUGGCUUCGCCUCGCUCGCCUCAAUCCUCUCACUCGUGUUUCCAAACUACUACUCUACCUGGCCCUUUAUGCUGUGCGUUUUGAGCAUCUUGCUGUUAUUUGGUUGGCUAUUGCUGGGCUUGGCGCGCAGGCUGUCGAGACCGAUCCAAGCCCAAAUUGGACAUAGAAUAUUCCCUCGCCCCAGACGUGCAAUACGACGUCGCGUGAGAAGGCCACGUCCACUUCUGCCGCUGACCAUGCCAGAUCAACAAGUGGGACCCUUUGCCGUCACUCCCAUGAUUACACAAUGA